AUGGCUGCCGUUAUACAGCCAGCCCGCCUCAUUAGCCAGCGGGCGCACCUAGUUCCCGGUAAGCUGCAUGUUACGGAGCUGUUCUUCGAGGUGCCCAAGAACUACGCCAACAGCGCCGCCGGCACGCUGAAGCUGUUUGGCCGCAGCGUGCGGAAGCACGAGCGGCCCAUCGUGACACCCUCACCGUCGGACCUCGACAAGCGCGACAAGAAGCCCUACCUCGUCUACCUCGAGGGCGGCCCCGGCUUCGGGAACCGAGAGCCCCAGGAGAGCACUCUGACCCGCUACGCCCUCGACCGCGGCUACCAGAUGCUCUUCCUCGACUACCGCGGUACCGGCCUGAGCACCCCCGUCAACGUCGACGCCCUGCUGGCCGAGGGCGGCCCCCAGGAGCAGGCCAACUACCUCAAGCUGUUCCGCGCCGACAACAUCGUCCGCGACGCCGAGGCCGUGCGCAAGUGUCUGACGGCCGACUUCCCCCCCGAGAAGAAGCCCUGGUCCGUCUUCGGCCAGUCCUUUGGCGGGUUCGUGAGUCUCACCUACCUAUCCAAGCACCCCGAGGGCCUCCGCGAGGUGUUCAUGACGGGCGGCCUGGCGCCGAUCCGCCGCACUGCCGACGACGUGUACCGCGCGACGUACAAGAAGGUGGCUGAGCGCAACCGCGCCUACUACCGCAAGUUCCCCAAGGACGUGGCCGCCGUGCGCCGCAUCGUCGACCACAUCACCGCCUCCGCAAAACCGAUCCCGCUGCCCGCCGGCGGCGAGCUGACGGUCGGCCGGCUGCUCAGCCUCGGGCUCUCGUUUGGCAGCCACGGCGGGCUCGACCUGGUGCACGCGGCCAUCCUGAAGCUCGACGCCGACCUCGACCAGUUCGGCGCCCUCACCCGCGCCGCCCUGACCACCGUCGAGCAGCUGAUCCCCUUUGACACCAACCCAAUCUACGCCAUCCUGCACGAGGCCAUCUACUGCCACAGCCCCGGCCUCGCCUCCCAGUGGGCCGCCUUCCGCGUCGGCAAGGAGCUCCCGAGCUUUGCCUGGCUGGCCAAGGACCCGCCCCUAUCACCAUCCACAGGAAAAUCCGAACCUCUGGAACCCCUGUACUUCUCCGGUGAGAUGGUGUUCCCGUUCCACUUCUCCGGCUCCUACCCGGAACUGUUCCGCAUCCAGGCCGCAGCCGACAUUUUGGCAUCGCACGACGGGUGGGAGGAUCUGUACGAUGAGGCGCAGCUGGCGCGCAACGCCGUGCCCGUGUACGCGGCCAGUUUUGUGGAUGACAUGUACGUCGACUUUGAGCUGGCGCGCGAGACGGCCGCGCUCGUCAAGGGCAUCCGCGUCUUCGAGACCAACACGCUGUACCACAACGCGAUUAGGGCCCGCGCCGACGAGGUCAUGGCCCAGCUGUUCCGUUUAAGAGAUGACACCAUUGACUAG